ACAGCCGCCAUCCAAUCCCAUGCGAUCAUGAUGCGCGUGUACACGCAAUCGUGCAAUCGUGCGCGUGCGAUCGUUCAAAGCAAAUCACGAGUGCAUCUGAUUACUCGCAGUCAUGUCUUCGAAGCAGUCGAGGUCCUUGGAAUCCUUUUACUCGCUAGGGCCGAAAGGUGCUUCGGCUCGGCCGUCGAAAGCGUCUAGCAGCAGCGUAAGAGGAUCCUUCACUUCAGAAUCUUCUCGCUCUUUAAGUCCACACGCACCGAAGAGGGACGUUGGAACCAUAACACAGCGCGCGCCGGCAGCAACGGGACUCGAGACUAAACCUGGAGUACCAUUCGGCCGAAUGGCCCUUCCAUCGUCUCAAUCAUUGCCAGCCCUCCCGUUUACCAGCGGGAGACCCGCGAUUCAGGGUCCCACGAGCUUGGCAGCAGCACACGAAGAACCAAGAAGCACCCUAAUAACGGCACAGCGAAGCCCAUCCCAACAGAGCGCGAGCAGUGUAAGCCAACACCUGGACGAACACGACCAACUGGAACAAGCUACCAUCUACGGCCACGGCCUCUACCAGCGUGCUAUCCUCUUCAGCAGCGUCUUGUCCCUGGUGGUUCUUCUAUGUCACAGCUCUGCCUUCAGGGUCAUAGCGCGCGGCGUUGACUUCUGGUGCGCGCGGCCUCCGUCCUUACAGAACCUCAGCGUUGCGGAGUGGAAGAACUUCGCUAUCCCUUUCGAACCGGACGGCAGCCGCAGCCGUUGCAAAGUGUACGACGACCCGUUUGGACAGAACAAGACAGCGAUAGAGUGCACAACCUGGGAAUACGAAAGCCUGUCCCUUUCCAUCGUCAGCACCUGGAACCUAGUGUGCAGCAGAGAAUGGCGGUUGCGAUUAGCAGCUCUCACGUACACGAUGGGAGCCGUGAUAGCCGCGCCGCUUAUGGGGAUCGUUGCCGAUAAGAUCGGACGUCGGCCCGUCAUCUGUAUCGCCGUCGGUGUACUGCUGUUCGCGAGCUUCGUAACAUGUCUCGCUACUGACAUCACGGUUUUCGUGUGCGCCCGCUGCGUCGUAUCGGGAUGCGCCAGUACUAUCUUUGUAACCACCUUUGUCCUGCUGCUCGAAGUAACGGAUGCCGAACACCGCGCGUUAUAUUGCAUCGUCUCGACAUCGCUGGCGAUCACCGUGACGAGCACUCUGUUCUUUGUGCUCGAAGAGUUCCAGCGCAUUCGGUGGCGCAUCGCGCAGGCCAUCUUCGUGGGGAUAACCUGCCUGCUCGUUUCCUCCCUUUACAUCGAUGAAUCUCCUCGCUGGCUGCUCGCGACAUGUAAGUUUACGCAGGCAGAAAAAGCUAUCCUUUGGGCAGCCAAAGUGAAUGGUGUGCGGCUCGAAAGAGUUCGGACGCGCUGCUCAAGGUUGAAAACGGCAAUACUCAAGAAUGAAGAGUAUCUGAAGGUUACACCAUUAGCGCUGUUCACUUACCCGCUUCUGCGAGUACGCUGCAGUUUGCUGUUCCUCUGCUGGUUCGUCAUUGUCUUCAGCUUCCACGUAUUCAAGGCGCCAGUCGGUGUCGAGAAAGAAGAACGAUGGGCCAAAAUCGCCAGCGUCGCUGCUCCGGGUCCUCUGAUCGCAGUCGUCUAUUGCGCUAUGCGUACAAAAGGCCGUAAGACCACGAUCGCGAUUGCCUUGGGACUCUUGGGCUGUUGUAGCUCAGCGUUACUAUUCAGAUACCCCCCGAGCCUACGACACCUCACAAACUUCUUUUUGGUGACAGCUAGGGUGACGACAUACAUUGCCACGGCCGUGAACUACAUCUACGCUGCCGAGAUGUUCCCAACGGUUUUACGCAGCGUCGGCGUCUGCACCGCCUACUUUUUCGGCAGGUUGGGAGCUGCGACCGGUAAUGCGCUGACGCAAGUCAAUGUAUCUCCGCAAGUCACACUGGCAGUACUGACAGUCUUGGUGUUGGUUGCGGAGCUGGCGCUGAUUAAACUGCCGGAGACACGUUCUGCACCACUAGUCAACACCAUAAGACAGCUAGAGACUCAAGACUACAAGAAGUACCUGAAAGAUACCUUGCCUGAAAGUUAUGGCAGAGUGCCUUCCAGAGGUACGAAAUCUGGCGAGUCGAUGCCGUUGACUCCGUUAUGGUCACCGAUCGUGGGAUCUCACGUUCCUGGAAGCCUAAUCAGCCCUCGGGAGAUCUAUGCGACUCCUGCUUCUGGAUUAUCCCGCGAAUGAGGGUUUUCCACGUGAUAUUGUGUGUCAUACAUAUAUAUUUAGCGAUAAUGUUACGUCGAGACGAGAUAAUAGUGCAUGCCAAUGAAGAGACUUUGUCGUGUGUGAUGAAAAUAAACCCGAUUAUAAAUUUC